AUGAUUAGUCACGUGUCAGGAAAUAGUUUACCAUUUGAAUUUGGCGGGAAUUUGGGUAGUUUAAAUGAUUUAACGAAUCAAUGGCGUGAACAUUUGAAACAAUGUGAAAAGUUUUUCAUAUGUUUCGAAUCGAACAUGUUGAACGACUACAGGAAAAGAUUGUGCCACGAAAAAGAAAUGGAAGAAGGUGGAAAAUUUUGGAUAAAUAAAAUGAAACUCGUAGCCGACGAAUGGGAAUAUAAAAUACAAUAUUAUGAAAGAAUGAAAAAUAUGAAACCUUACGAACAUCCAGCGUUUGGUAAAAAUCGUCUCCUCAAUAAUCAACGGAGAAAAACAUUAAUGAAAAGUAUUAAUAUUUUAUCCGGAUGUAAAAAAUUUUUAACAAAACAAAAAGAAAAAGAUGCCAUUUUCGAAGUAACUUAUUUAUAUCAUGGUUACGCUCCUGAAAUUAAAAAGGCAAAAUUAUUAGCAGAAAUGGAAGAAAGGAAAAAAUUACUCGAACAAAUAUCAAAUGCUCAACCGAUUUUGUCACUCGAAAUCGGAUGUAAACAUUCACUUUUAAACAAUUAA